AGUAGCCCGACCAACCAUCCCAUAUCUCUCUCCGCCGAUGGCAGCCGCGGUCUCCGGCGGCGGCCGGUGAGAGUGCCGCCGCCGCCGCCUGAAGAGCUCGCCUCCUCCUAGGGCACAUGUCUGCUCUCCGUCUGUGCAAGGGAGCCGUCAAGCCGUCGCCGCCGGGCUGCCGGUGCUGGUCGGGGUUGUCGAGGUCGAGGAACCUUCUCGCUGCCGCGUCGUCCCGCGCUCCGAGAGGGGCUGCCGCCGUCGCGUGCCGCCGGAAGAAGCAACAGGGGAGCUUCCCCUUGGUGCAGGCGUCUCCUUCCUUCGGCAGAAGCACCAGGGGGAUGCAAUGGGCCAUCAAGACUAUGGGAGACGACAAUCCUGACAAUUCAGGCAAUAGCACUCGGCUGUUUAAUGCAAUUCAAUCUUUUUUAAAGAAGUUGUCUGGCAAGCUGAAGAAAGUAAGUAGAGGGUUUCCAGUAAAGAUCCUAUGCUUUCUGAUAGGAUUUUACUGUGCCACGGCAUUUGCUACCGUCAUCGGGCAAACAGGCGACUGGGACAUACUUUCUGCUGGCCUUGCUGUUGCCAUCGUCGAGGUUAUUGGCGCUCUCAUGUACAGGGCUUCCUUUGCUCUUCUUGGCAGGAUGAAGAAUAUAAUCUCCAUAUUCAAUUAUUGGAAAGCCGGGCUCACACUUGGAUUGUUCUUGGAUUCAUUUAAAUUUUAGCACGUUGGUUCAUCCGCCAAAUUUUGCCCAAAUUACGCCUGCUCCUGCGUCCAUGACGACCCUGAUGGCGCAUUUGCAUCCAUGAUGAUCCCAAUGGCGCAUUCCUCACGUCGGACGCUCCGCUCCCUCCUCUGGUCUUGGCAUCCUGCCAAGCUCCAAGACAGCCUGCACACCAUCAUCUCCAUUGGAAUGGUGCUGAGCAAGGCAGCUUCUGAGCUCAAGGUCCAUGCCUUGCUGUUUGCAGAGCGCGAAAGUGGGAAAAGAGUGCGGCUUGCGGGUAUAUACGCUGAAGUUCUUGGCGAGGCACGGCCCUCACAAGACGUGUUGACCUGCAGCAAAGGGUGAAGUCAAGGUGCAAGUCAGAUGUUGAGAGACCGCAGCUGGUAGCUGUAUAUCAAAUUGUAGUUAGCCAUUGGCGACUUAUGAUUGAAUGAUAUAUUGAUUGUAUAUAUGCAAGCGGCUUAUGAUUGGCAGAUUGGUUGUAUACAAGCAUGCGUGUUCAUGGAUUUUCAUAGAUGGCAAAAACACUUUUCAUGCGCA